AAAAAAAAAAAUAAGCCCAGAGUGUCAUUUUCAAUUUUCUAGCAACCAUAUUUAAAAAGUGAAAUUAUUUUUAACUCACCAUAUCCAAAAUAUUCCAACAUGUACUCAAUAUAUGCAAAUUAUUAGUGAGAUCUGAAAUUAUUCUUUUUCAUGCUAAGAAUUCAGAACUCACUGUGUAUCCAGUUAUAGCAUAUCUCAAUUUGGAUGCUAACUUUUCAUCAGGAAUACUUGAUCUGUAUUUAGGUUUUAUAAAAUGUGCAGUUGAAAAACACAAAUUCAUAUCCAAGUUGUUCCAAAGAUACUUAAACAUAGUAAAGUUUUUCAGUAACUGAAUUGAAUAUCAAGUUUGAAAAAAUAAAACCCAGUUCCUUAGUCAUGCUAACCUCGUUUCAGAUGCUCAAAGGGUCCGUGCAUCUAGUGCUGCUGUCCUGGACACAGCGGCUCCAAGUGAUCUGCUUUUACACGCUUCCUGGUCCGACUAGACAUAAUCCUCCCAUUAGUAACUAAAGUAUUGGCCAAUACAUUUCUCCCAGGCAGACAUUAAACAUUCACAGUACUCUGUGGCCAUGUUUAACUUGGGAGCAAGUAGUGGCAAAACCUCCUAUAGAAAAACAUGACCACACCUCAUUCGUGCCUUUGUUGAGCUAAGCAAAAUGCUUUAGAUCAAAAAUUGCCCGGAAUUACUUACUUUCAUUGUAAUCUCUCCUCCAGGCCUUUGUGUGUUUUGAUAGAGUUCGUUUGAAUUGGCUCAAUAAAUCAUUUUGUUUGCUGCAGAAUUCCCAAAGGAGAACAUUCAGAUCCAUAUACAUGAGAUUCCUGCUGCGUUUAGCCAUACAUUUACCAGACUUGUGGGGCCGUUUAUUCCCAGUGAAAGCUCAAGUGCAGCCCUCAGGGAGGUUUACAGCUGACCUUGUUGUGACAUGCAGAUGAGGUAGUUGAGUUUAGAAUUUGGAACGGGGAUGGGUACUGGUCUUCACAGUUAACACAACCUGGAGUUGCCCAUGCCAUACUGUGUCCUUUUAAGUCAGUAAAUUGAGCUAAGUCGGUUAUUUGGCAAGCAGUUCGUGUAAAAAACUACAUGGCUAAGAUGUACGUGUUGGAUAAUUCCAAGCCUAACUUGGCAUUGCAACCAGGAGCUUCUGCAUCCCUCGCUUCCAAAGAGAACCAGUGAAACAUCUUUUUGUUCUUGCAGGUUCUUAUUGAUUGACCACAAGCAGAUCUUCCACCCUCGGAUCUCUAACUACAAAAGGAACCACUGGCUCAAUGACCUGUAAGGGUCAUUUCAGCACAUCCAUUCUGUCCAUCUCCAAGCCUUCACCAUAGGGAAGAACUUUUGCUCUCAGUCACCUCUCAGAGAGCUCUCUUUAUAGCUGAAGGUCCCUCUCAUGAGUUACAUCAAGAGUAACCUAGAAUUAUACCAGCAGUACACAGCCAUGGCCCCCAAGCUACUGGCCCGCAUCUCCAAACUCCUCAUGAUCUGCCAGAAUGCAGGCAUUUCUAUACCAAAGGGCAUCAGAAACAUCUUUGAGUUCACUUGGGAAGAGCUCAUCAGUGACCCUUCAGUGCCUACCCCGUCCGACAUCUUGGGCCUGGAGGUCAGCUUUGGAGCCCCCCUGGUGGUGCUCAUGGAACCCACCUUUGUGCAGGUCCCCACACUGAAGAAGCCACUACCUCCACCACCACCAGCACCACCAUAUCCAGUGCUGCUGGCAACCACUGCCAAGCGCUCCACCCUCACUCCCACCAUGGCCCGUCAGGAGCGCGCCCAGCAGGAGACCCUGAACAGGUUUCAGCAGCAGUCCAUCCACCUGCUGACGGAGCUCCUCAAACUGAAGAUGAAGGCCAUGGUGGAGUCUAUGUCGGUGGGUGCCAACCCCUUGGACAUCACCAGGCGCUUUGUGGAGGCCAGCCAGCUCCUCCACCUCAAUGCCAAGGAGAUGGCCUUCAACUGCCUGAUCGGCACAGCUGGGAGAAGUGGCUACAGCAGCGGACAGUUGUGGAAAGAGUCCCUCGCAAACAUAUCCGCCAUUGGGGUGAACUCGCCUUACCAGCUGAUCUACCACUCUUCCACAGCCUGUCUGAGCUUUUCCCUCUCUACUGGAAAAGAAGCCAAGAAGAAAAUAGGAAAAUCUAGAACUAUAGAAGAUGUCAGCAUGCCGCCCCCGCAUCGAGGAGUGGGAACCCCUGCCAACAGCCUAGAGUUCAGCGACCCCUGCCCUGAGGCCCGGGAGAAGCUGCAGGAGUUGUGUCGCCACAUAGAAGCCGAAAGGGCCACGUGGAAAGGGAGGAAUAUCUCCUACCCCAUGAUCUUACGAAACUACAAGGCAAAGAUGCCCUCUCAUCUAAUGAUGGCCCGCAAAGGAGACUCUCAGACCCCGGGUUUACAUUACCCUCCCACCGCAAGUGCUCAGACUCUCACCCCCACACCUCACCCAUCAUCCGCCAACCAUCUCGUCAGUCGGCAUUGUCAAGAGGGGAAGGCGCCCAAGAAGGCCUUCAAGUUUCAUUACACCUUCUAUGACGGCUCCUCCUUUGUUUACUAUCCCUCUGGAAACAUCGCUAUAUGUCAGAUCCCCACAUGCUGCAGAGGGAGAACCAUCACUUGCCUCUUUAAUGACAUACCUGGCUUCUCCUUGCUGGCCCUAUUCAAUGCUGAAGGUCAGGGCUGUGUUCACUACAACCUAAAAACCAGUUGCCCAUAUGUAUUAAUCUUGGAUGAGGAAGGUGGGACCACCAAUGACCCGCAGGGCUAUGUAGUCCACAAAUGGAGCUGGACUUCCAGGACGGAGACUCUGCUUUCCCUGGAAUACAAGGUGAAUGAGGAAAUGAAGCUAAAGGUGCUGGGACAGGACUCCAUCACGGUCACCUUCACCUCCCUGAAUGAGACAGUAACACUUGCUGUGUCGGCAAACAACUGUCCUCAUGGAAUGGCAUAUGAAAAACGGCUGAACCGCAGAAUCAGCAACAUGGACGACAAGGUGCAUAAGAUGAACCGAGCCCUGGCUGAGAUCAAGAAGCGGUUUCAGAAGACAGUGACUCAGUUCAUUAACUCUGUCUUGCUGGCCGCAGGUCUGUUUACCAUUGAAUAUCCCACCAAAAAGGAGGAGGCAGAAUUUGUUCGGUUCAAGAUGAAAUCUGGAACUCAUCCCGAGCGGCUCCCCAAGCUAAGUUUAUACUCAGGAGAAAAUCUUUUACGAUCUCCGUCAGGCCAACUGGAAUCCUCAAUUGCAGAGAGUUUGAAGGAUGAGCCUGAGUCUGCUUCUGUGAGCCCAGUUCGGAAGAAGACCACCAAAAUCCACACCAAAGCCAAGGUCACAUCCAGAGGGAAGGCCCGCGAGGGACGCAGCCCCACCAGGUGGGCGGCCUCGCCCUCAGACUGCCCACUGGUGCUGCGGAAGCUCAUGCUUAAGGAAGACGCCCGUGCUGGCUGCAGGUGCCUGGUGAAGGCCCCCCUGGUCUCUGACGUGGAGCUGGAGCGCUUCCUGCUGGCGCCCCGAGACCCCAGCCAGGUGCUGGUAUUUGGAAUCAUCUCAAGCCAGAACUACACCAGCACUGGGCAGCUCCAGUGGCUGCUGAACACGCUCUACAGCCACCAGCAGCGGGGCCGCGGCUCCCCAUGCAUCCAGUGCCGGUAUGACUCCUACCGCCUGCUGCAGUAUGACCUGGACAGCCCCCUGCAGGAGGACCCUCCCCUGAUGGUGAAGAAGAACUCUGUGGUGCAGGGGAUGAUUCUGAUGUUUGCCGGGGGAAAGCUCCUUUUUGGGGGCCGUGUUUUGAAUGGAUAUGGCCUCAGCAAGCAGAAUCUGCUGAAACAGAUCUUCCGGUCUCAACAGGAUUGCAAGAUGGGCUACUUCCUGCCGGACGACUACAAAUUCAAUGUUCCCAGCUCUGUCCUGAGCCUGGAGGAUUCUGAAUCAGCCAAGAAAGCCGAGUCAGAAGAUAUCCAAGGAAGCAGCUCCUCAUUGGCCCUGGAAGACUAUGUGGAGAAGGAGUUACCUCUGGAGGCUGAGAAGGCAAGAGAGCCUGAAGUGGAGCUACAUCCUCUCAGGAGGAACAGCAAGGUAACCAGCGGGAAGAAGCAGGCCUCCAAGAAGUAGUGCCAUCCUGGCGGCAGCCAAGUGAGCCAGGCCCCGGACCGGGGUGCUGGGGCUUCCUGCCAGCCCAGCCCUGCCUCCCCGGUCUCCCACCCCGUCCUCCAAGCCUCUGUAAUAAACCAGCGGACCUCCAGCAUCGGGGUGAGGCUCUGGGGAAGGACAGACCCAGCUCAGUCUGUCUGCUGUGAGGCCCCCAACAGACUUGUUCCAGGUCAAGUCGUUGGAAACUCGGUUUCCCCGAUACAGAGCUUCCUCUGUGGCCAGUUAAGUCAGCUGAGGCCCUCCCACGCUCAAGGAAAGAAAUGUUUCCCUCCAAGGGGUAGCUCCAGGAUAGGUGACCCAGUAACGCCCGGGAUGCUCAGAUGGGACUGAACUGGGUCUCCUACGCUUCCUGGGUGGGGGAGGCUCAGUCUAUAGCCUAGGUGGAAAACACAGCAAGAACAGAACAGUGAAGAGGCAGAGAGAAAGGUCAAGGACAGGGAAGAAGAGACAAAGGGAGAAAUGAGAGGAGGAGCAAGGAGACAGAGGAAGACACAAGUGAGCGGGCAAGGGAGAGGGUAAGAAAGAAGAUGGAGGAGGGAGGAGAGAGGAAGAGUAGGACGAAUAAACAAGGAGGGAGGAGGAAGGGGAGGGGAACAAGGAAAGGGGAGUGGGGAGGGGAACAAGUAAGAAGGGAGGGGGCAGGAAGAAGCAAGUGUGGAGUGAGGAGGGAGUGAAGAGGGUGAUGGGGAAGAAAUCACUGAGGGGGGAUCUGAGGAAGAUGGGAAUGGUGCAGGCUGGGAGACUGAAUGACAGAGUGCUCACCCCUAGGGACCCUUCAGUGACGCCCUGAAAGCCAGAGCCCUGUGGCCUCCUGGGGGCCGACAUCCCCACUGAGCCCAGCCACAGUGCCAUUUGGUGCAUUUUGGGCUUCUUCCCUGAGCCACAGGCCUUAGAAAUCCCUACCAGCAGCAAGGGGCCCAAGACAGUACCCGCUCUGGGGUGCUAAGUUUCCCCAUGCCCCUGAGGGUGCCUGUGAGGGACAGAGAGAACCCCUGCUCUAGGCCCACGGCUCUGGGCUGUCUUGUCUGGGUUCACCGGAGCCCUUUCCGGGAGCAGCUGAGGACUCCAGAAGGUCAGCCUUGUUCUCCCAGCCCAGAGCAGAGUUCAGGCCUUGAGCUGCAGGCAGCAUUUAGUGAGAUGCUGCACUUAGAAAUGCUUAUGUUUCCUCUGUAAUAUAAGCUUUUUUAAUCUGAAUUUUUCAAGCUUUAAUGUUUAUCCUUUGUAUCAUUCAAAAAUGGUUUUUGAAUUAUACACUUGUUCUUCUAGAAAUGAAUUUGAAAUGACUUGCAA